GGCUCGUGCGGCCCGUCAGCGUGUGUCACCGCAGAGUUUUACACUUAACACUUGGAAAAUGGCGAGCUGGUGUAUACGAGCGGUGAGACAGAGCUACUCGCUUGUAGCUUCACCUGCACUGAUGAGGACAUCUCCACGGCUGCUGUGCACAGCCACCCAGCAGAAGAAUGGCCCCGGGCCSGAGGAGGAGGCUGAGAAGACGGAGCAGGGAGCAGCCGAGAAAGCCCUGUUGGAGGAGAAGAGCCAGCUGGAGGAGCAGCUAAAGGAGAUGACAGAUAAAUACAAGAGGGCUUUAGCAGACACAGAAAACCUGAGGACAAGGAGUCAAAGGAUGGUGGAGGAUGCUAAAUUAUACGGAAUCCAGAGCUUCUGUAAAGAUCUACUGGAGGUGGCCGACAUCCUGGAGAAGGCCACAGAGAGCGUACCCAAAGAGGAGGUGUCRAGCCAGAACCCUCACCUGAAGAACCUGUACGACGGCCUGAUGAUGACCGGGGUCCAGAUCCAGAAGUUGUUCACCAAGCACGGCCUGGUCAGGCUCAACCCCGUAGGCCAGAAGUUCGAUCCGUACGAGCACGAAGCUCUCUUCCAGGUCCCAGUGGAAGGUAAAGAGCCUGGCACCGUCGCCGUCGUAACAAAAGUGGGCUACAAGCUUCACGGCCGCACCCUCAGGCCGGCGUUGGUGGGCGUGGCCAAAGCCCCCUAGAACUGAUGAGRCCUUUGAGUCGCAAAGUGGGAUUGGAUGUGACGUUUCCUUGGGCGAUGGAGAACUCGGGCUCGAGACUCCGUCGUCAUUUUCCCACAGUCCUGUUCUCACACCUCCACCUCCAGAUGCUUCGAGGACAUGAAGUCAUCAGAACUUUCUAUGUGGACAAUAUCCAACAGUUUUAAAGUUAUACUCUGUCACUGAACUGUAAAACCUCAGUUGAUCAUCAGCUGUGCAACUUCAUCUUUCUCUCAGAUAUGAUUAGAUUAUUAACGAAGUAAAAGAACACAGUUUUCUGUGCCCGCGUUAAAACUAGAUCAAGAUGGAAAGAGAUCAGGUUAAGUAUGAUUUAAAUGUCUGACGGUGUACGAUGUGAAGUUAAUUCACUAAGCUGCUAGUGGCAUUCCAAAUGUUUGAUUAUUGAUGGUUGUUUUGUUUUCUUUGACUAUCAUCCUACAGGGAGUCAAAAGUCUCAAGACACCCUUUGAUUUCAGAAAGGCAAGCAAAAAGGACAUUUCUGAAUAUCCCAGCAUGUACUGAGUGACGGGGGCUGUUUUUUAUGCUAUGUCCAGAACAUGGCCACCAUCUUGAAAGCCGCCAUAUUUUAUCAAGGGCUAAUUUUUCCAAAAAUAGCCCCCUUCAACCAUUACUUGUUGUGGUAUUCUGAUAUGUCAUUUUGCUUGUCUUUCUGAAAUAAAAGGGUGUCCUGAAACUUUUGACUCACUCUGUGUAAUUAACAAAAACAUUGUUAGCUUGAAUGUUGUCACGACUGAUAAAGUUCAUCCAAACUCUUGACACAUUUUGACUUUGGAAUAAAACAAAAGUACCAGGUGGAUCUGUAAACCAGUGGCAUCAGAAUAAACUGAUUUAUGUUGGGAAUACAA